AUUAAAUCCACCAUUUAUGAGCCAUAUAAAUAUAAUCAACUCAAACCCAAAUCCAUUUUUCUCCAAAACAGCCGCACCCUUUACUCUCCCUCUCAUCUCCCUCUUCCUCUCUCUAUCAACGACAACAUCAAAACAGACGUCCACCAGACAGCGCCACCCUUGAAGUUCUUCAGCCGCCGCUUCCCCUCCAACAGCCUCCAAAAUUCAUUUGUGGUGGUGGAUAUCCAUGCUUUGAGUUGUCAGCUGUCAAUGCAGACAAACCUCCAUUGGAAAUUUCUCAAAUCAAAGAAAAGCUGCUUCCCGUGAAAGAAUCUAUAAGCAGGUUGAAGCUUUCAUUUUGAAAUAUCAAGUAAUUAAGGAAAAUAUCAAAGGUAUGUUGACAUAGUGAAGCCGUCUUGGGCUAUCUUCGGUUCACUAUUAUUGUUAUCUUCUUGUUAUU